AAAACACGUUCCAAGUGCUGGUUGUUAAAUUAUUUUUUAACUAGAAUAAAUUUUAAAUAUUUUCAUUUAUCAAUUGAAUAGUAAUGGAGUUAGAUGCUAACAGUGUUGUUGGGGAUCACAACAAGAAACGGCAGAGAAAGAAAAAGAAAAACAGUAGAUUCCUACGGAAUGCCAAGGGUUUUGCUAAACAAGGCAUCUACGGCCGAGGCACUCACAUUGAAACGGAUCAAUACAAUUAUUUCAUAAAUAUUUUGGAUGCAAUGAAAAAUGGAUUUGAAGAUGUUGAAGAAAAAGUAACUAUGGCCAACAACGUAUUCGAACAAACUAAGGAACAGGAGCUUCAUUUGGCCUACAACCAAAUCGUAUGCAAAGUACUUGAAUCCUUGAUUGGAUUUGUGGAUGCGGAAAAUUUGGAACGCUUCUUUAAUGCCUUUGCUGAUAAUUUUCGACCAAUCUGCUCUGAUCGAUUUGCCUCACAUGUGCUACAGAAAAUGGUCGAAGUUGCAUUUUUACGCUCUUUAGGAAAUGAUAAAUUAAAAAAUCCCGCAGAAGACGAGGACAGCGUAAAUACCAAAGAAAACGGACCAGCGUCUAAGCGACCUAAAACUGAGGUAACUGCCAUUAGUGAGGAAUUAUACAACCUUCAAACUGACUUCAGUGUUGAGCACCGACAACAUUGCAAUGAGUUUGUGUUACGUGUGAGCAAGUUUUUACUCAACAAUCUUGAAGACUUCGUAUGGGAUUCAUGUGCUAAUCACAUCAUGAGGACUAGCAUACUUUGCUUGGCUGGCGUACAUAUCGCAAAAGUGGCUUUCGAAAAAAGUGGCGCUGAUAUGAUGAAAAAUCGGAAAUUGUAUCAUGUGCCAGACGAGUGGGUGGAGGUACUGAGAGAGUUUCCUCAACGUUUAGAAAUGUGGCCUCAAUUUUCCGACUUCCCAUAUCAAGAACACUCCUCAGCUUUGCUCGGCGUAAUUUGCAUUGCAUUACGUGCGACUGACAAGCAACUUUUGAAGCAUUUUGGUAAGAAAAUAUUAAUGGAUGCAUUUCUUAAGGUGGAACAAAACGACGCAGAAAAAGAAAAGAAAAUAGAAAUAUUGGAUAAUGAAGAUGAAGAAACAAAUGAAGAGGGAGCAAAUGAAUCAGAGAAAGUAAAGGAAAAGGAACAGACCAGCAUUCAAUUACCUAAAGUAUUUGAAUACCAAUCAGCGGUUAUAUUACUUGAAACGCUGCUUGCAGUGGCUGGCCCAAAACUGUACACACAACUGUAUGCCAUGCUUUUUACAGGCCGUUUAUCGCUGCUUGCAAAAGAACAGCUUACAAAUUUUGCAGUGCAAAAGCUUUUACAAAAUAUUAAAGAAAAGGAAGAUUUUGAAAACGUUUUUGGAGAGCUGGCAAAUGAUAUUGAGGAGCUGCUUAAAAUUGGGCAUACUGGAGUUGUCGAAGCGCUCGCCGGAGCAUGCCUACGCGUCGGGGCAAAACAAGCUCAAUGUAUUGUAUCGUUACAAACGGCCCUUCAUACGCCAGCGACCGAUAAGCAAAAAGGAAAGAGCUUUUUCUUUUGUCUUCUAAAAUUAAAGCCAUUCGAAGUAGUACAAGCGGAUAAUAGUGCUUUCGUGCACCUACACGGCUCACUAAUUAUUCAACAUAUUUUACGAUUCAAUAAGCCUAUAUUUUUGGUUAAUUGUAUAUUGGAAAUACCCGCCGAACAAUUGGUAGCCAUCUUCAAUACACCAAAUGGCUCACACAUUGUGGACGCAUUUCUCCAAAGUAAAUAUAUUGGCGAAAAAUCUCGAGAAAAGUUCAUACGACAUAUUGAAGGUUUUUACGUGGAUUUGGCCACCACUAAAUUUGGCUCCCGUGUUGUGGAUAGCUGUUUUAACGCUGCUCAGGAGUCUCAAAAGUCUCGUAUUGUGAAAGAGCUUGCUGAUAAAGUGAAUAUGUUAAAGGGCACACCCUUCGGGAGACUACUGUACAAUAAAUUCCGAGUUGAAACAUAUAGGCUGUCGGCAACUCAAUGGAAAGCUAGUUUUAAUGCGAAUAAGGAGAAGAAAGUGGAUAAACUAUUUAAGGAUAUCAUUAAUUGAGUUUUUAUAAUAAAUAAAAGUAAUUUUUUUUUCUAAA